AUGUUCCGAUACCUCACUGCUCUGAUUCUCGUCGCCGCCUUAGCAGCGUCUAUGAACAAGUUCGUUGAUGCCCGCGUGGUCCACCCCAUCGUCAGCCCCGACCUCGAGGCCACCGGCCCAUCUCCCGCCGAUGAUGACGACGGCCAUCGUCUAAUCGGCACCACCGGCCAUGAUGAACUCGUAGCGUUAUGCCAACAGAUGCACUACCAGACGUUGUGCACCACGAUGACGACGCUGCCCAGGGUGACGACGCCGGAGCAGCUCCUGGACGCGUCCCUGUGGAUUACAGCGGUGAAGGAGGCAAUGGCGGAGACAAAGCUGGACCAGGCGAUAAAGUCGGGCGGCGCCCAGGGUAACCCGAUGAUGCCAUUGCUGGAGACGUGCAAGGAGAGCUACGCGUCACUGGUGGACUCCAUCAAUACCUCAUGGGACACGCUCAAGAGCGGUGGCAGCAACACGGACCUGAUGUCAGGAGUUGUCCGCGGCGGCCACAUACUCCACCGACUGCGAGGACACCUUCGAGGAGCGGCCGGAGCUCCAAUCGCCCAUACCCAAGGCUCAAUGCCAUAUCAGCCGCGUCGUUAG